UCUCAGAGAACAUUGCAAUAAGGAGCCAUGGCCUCGCCUGAAGCUCCCCUGUGCUACGCCGGCGUCGCCAGGCAAUCCGCCGCCUUUCGCCUCAUGAAACAAAUGGGAUGGGAAGAAGGUGAAGGCCUUGGCAAAGAGAAGCAAGGGAUUAAAGGACAUGUUAGAGUUAAAAACAAACAGGACACCAAAGGUGUAGGUGUUGAUAAGACUAAUAAUUGGGUUUUUGAUACCUCUCAAUUUGAUAACAUUCUUAAAAGACUGAAAGUGCAAGUUGCUGAUCCAUCUGAUAAAGAACUUGUGGAAACAAAUACUGAGCAAGAAAAUUCUCAAAAAGACACCUCUGUUGUGGAUCAAGCUACGAAGGUUACUAGGCCACAAGGAAGGUAUAAGAAGAGAGAAAGGGGUAAGAUUGUGAAUGCAUAUUCCGAAAAGGAUCUCCAAGGAAUUCUUGGGAAAAGUAGUGAAGAGGGUUUGCAGAUGGAUCUAGUUGAAGAUUGUGAGCCGGUAUCACUAGAAGUGUUUGACUCCACUACAUGCAAAGAAGGCCCUAGAGAUGAAGAGGAGUUAGCGCAGUGGUGGGGUCACAAAUAUGGAUUCGUCUCUGGAGGUUUUCUUGGAAGCCAAUCUCGAACCAGUAAAUCCAGAUUAUUGAAAAACUCCUCAGAUACGAGAAAGCCAUUUGCUGAAGAAGAUCAAGAGAAUUUAUAUAAACUUGUCCAGGAUAAAGCUACGUCAGGAAAGCAGGGGCUUGGCAUCAAAGGUCAACCAAAGAAGGUAGCAGGUUGCUACUGGAAAGGGAAAAAGACCAGUUUUGAUGACAGCGAUGGUGAAAUCUCUGCUGAUUCCAAUGGUUCCGCAAAACGGAAAAGAACUGAGGAUUUGGAUAAAGUGACAAAUCCUGAACCUAAAACUAAGCUAAAAAAAAUGUGCAAGCAACUUCUUCGUCAGGCUCCUUCUCAAUCUUUGAAGUUAAAGAAGCUUAAACUUCUUGUGGAAGCUCAUUCAGGGUCUGCUUUUGCUAACUUUUCGUCAAGUCGUGAAGCUAUUUCUUACUUGAAACAAAAGUUGGAAGGCAGCAGGUCCUUCCAAAUACAGGGUAAGAAAGUCUCUCUUCUUCAAGACAACUGAAAAUUUUGCUUCGCUCAGCUGCGAGAUGCCAGGCACUUCUAUGGCGUUUAUAAGAGCUAAUACAUAAUCGAGACCAGAAUAGAAGAGCUAAUACAGAAUCGAGAUCAGAAUAGAAACGGCGAUUAUUUUUUUGCCCUUGUUUUACCAUGAUUAAGGUUCAUAUGCUUAUAAGCGGUUUCUACACUCAAAAUAAUUUGCCUAGUUUAGUGGUUUUGUGAAUCGCAUUGUGUAACAGAGGAAAAUUUUGUGUAAUCUAAUGUGUGUUAUGUUGGUAAAGAUGCUGACUGAGCAGCUGAGUGAUGAGAAAUUGCAUUUAUUGAACUUCUUGUUUAGUGACAUGUUGGAUGAAUCUCCUUUGUGUGGUUGUUUGUUUUUUUAUAUCCUAAACUAUGAAAAUCAAUUGUUGGUCAA